GUCGUCGUCGUCGUCGUCGUCGUCGUCGUCGUGACCGUCGUCGCGGAGACGGCUGCCAUGGCGACGAUGCGCUGGCGCCGCCGCCGGCGACGCCGCCGCGGCCCCGCGCAUGGCGCCAGCUGGGGCCCCUUGGUGGCACCCCGACCGCCCCCCCACUUAUCCCGGAGGCUUCCGAGGUGCCUGUCGGACCCCCCGCAGGCUCCAAGGUGCCCUGAAUGCGUGCCAAGAGGGCCUUCCGUAGCGAUUUUGGCUCGAGGCAGGUGGAGCGGAGCAGACGUCAUCUGCCCAGCCUUGCGUUUCUGUCCACAACGGUCAAAGUCGAUAGCCAGAGUGUGUUGCUGAAGUGGGGUUCUGCGGUAAGGAUGGCGGGAGCCCAUGACACGACAAUCGGUUAUUUGUGUUGCCUCAUAUCAUGCUUGGGCUUCGGCAGCAACUACCUGUUCGUGAAGAGGGUCGACGUGAAAGACGGGAUGUUUUUCACGCUGUGCCUUUCCUUCGGCGUCUGGUGCAUUGGUGUUUUGCAGUGGAUGAUAUCGGGAUUGUAUGCUUUCGAGCCUUUUGCUAUGCUGGGCGGCAUGUUGUGGGCCAUCGGCAACUUGUGCGUGCCAUUCAUCAUCCAUCAUUGCGGCCUCGGGAUAGGACAGUUGGUGUGGAGCGUGACAAACAUGCUAACGGGCUGGGCCUCGGGAGCUUUCGGGCUAUUCGGGAAGGAUAAGGACCAUGUCGCCCAUGCCAGUCUGAAUUACGCUGGUGUGGCCAUGGCCAUAAUGUCAUUGGGCCUGUUCAAGCUGAUUAAGGGAACGUCCAGCGAAGCUUCACAGGAGGGCCUUGUCAACACCACGUCCAGCCCCUCUGCCAGAGGGUUUGCGAAGGGCUUCGCCGUCGCUCUCGUGUGCGGCGCAUUCUUUGGAUCUAACUUCAAUCCGCCGACGUACCUGCAGCAGAUCGGUCAGCGGGACACGGACGCUGGGCUGACACCGCGCCACUCGCCAGACGCCACCGACUAUGUCUUUUCCCACUUCAGCGGGAUCUUUGCCACCACGGCCGCCGCCUUCGCCGUCGCUGCCGCCAGAGGGCACGUCCAUACAGGCCGCGAGAUGGUCCUGCCUGGGAUCUUGUCUGGGGCCUUGUGGGGCAUCGCCCAGGUUGCCUGGUUCAGGGCCAACGGCGUGCUCUCGUACGUUGUCGCGUUCCCCAUCAUCGUGGGGGUGCCAGGCAUCAUUGCUGCCUUGUGGGGCGUGGUGCUGUUCGGAGAGAACCGGGGGAGGCACAACCUCUCCGUGCUGGCACUCGUCAUAGUGGUGCAGGUGGUGGCCGUCUCGCUCAUCGCUGCAUCGAAGGGCUGAGCCAGCUCAGCGUGCUUCCCUGCGGCCUGCUGGCGCGGCCGCCCGUUGCCGUAGCGCGCCUCGGGCGGGCCAGUCAGCGAUCAGCAAAGGCGGGCCAUCCUGCACUGCUUGCCUUUGCUGCUGUUCUCUACUCCUAUGCUGCUCUCCUCCUCCUAAACCACGGGGCGACCUCUCGCGCUGGCAAACAAAAGUAGUGCCCGACAGGC